GCGGAGGAGAGACCCACCAGAGAGUCGCUGGCAGGACGCGUGGACGCUCGCCAUUAGCUCGCGCGGCUUGAGGUCAGCCUCCGUAGUUCGCGUCGAACUCCUUGGCGUCUCCGGGAGAGUUGCUGAUUCUGGAUCCUGGAGUCUGUGUUCGCGGUGCGGUGGCCGGAGCCCUGGAUUUGGAUUUAGAGGAAUCAGGCGUGGACACUCCUUAGUUCCAGUGUGAAUUGGGCAAGUCGAGAAUUUGUUGACGAUCUCCCCGGCGUUCUGCUGCCUGUUCUUCCCCCUUAAGAGGACAAGGCCAAAUUCAAGAGUUAUCCACCAUGGCAGUGCCUGAGUCACGCCCCAACCACACCAUUUACAUCAACAAUCUCAACGAGAAGAUAAAGAAGGAUGAACUGAAGAAGUCCCUUUAUGCCAUCUUCUCCCAAUUCGGCCAGAUUCUGGACAUCCUGGUAUCAAGAAGCCUGAAGAUGAGAGGCCAAGCUUUUGUCAUCUUCAAGGAGAUCAGCAGUGCCACCAACGCACUGAGAUCCAUGCAAGGGUUUCCCUUCUAUGACAAGCCCAUGAGAAUCCAGUAUGCCAAGUCAGACUCGGACAUCAUUGCCAAGAUGAAGGGCACGUAUGUGGAGCGGGACCGGAAGCGGGAGAAGAGAAAGCCCAAGGGCCAAGAAACCCCUGCAGUCAAGAAGGCUGUUCCCGGUGGGGCAGCAGCCCCUGUUGUGGCUGCUGUCCAGCCUGUUCCAGGGAUGCCACCCAUGACGCAGGCUCCUCGAAUCAUGCACCAUCUUCCAGGGCAGCCACCUUAUAUGCCUCCUCCUGGCAUGAUCCCCCCACCUGGUCUGGCCCCUGGACAGAUCCCACCUGGUGCCAUGCCUCCACAGCAGAUGAUGCCUGGACAGAUGCCUCCUGCCCAGCCGCUGUCUGAAAACCCACCCAAUCAUAUCUUGUUCCUUACCAACUUGCCAGAGGAGACCAAUGAACUCAUGCUGUCUAUGCUCUUUAAUCAGUUUCCUGGCUUCAAAGAGGUGCGUCUGGUGCCUGGGCGUCAUGACAUUGCUUUUGUGGAGUUUGAUAAUGAGGUGCAGGCUGGGGCUGCCCGAGAUGCCCUGCAGGGCUUCAAGAUUACCCAGAACAAUGCCAUGAAGAUUUCUUUUGCCAAAAAGUAGUCCUGUCCCAGUUGGUUCCCCUCUCCUCCCCAUCCUUCCUCCCUUCUUUCCUUCCAGGGCGGCCCUCCCCCUGCUCCUCUGCUUGGGGCUGUCGUACCCUGAAGGUAAGUCCCUGCUCCCCUCUCCCAGCUGUAGCGUGAGUAUGCCUGCCUUGUAUGCCUGCGCCUCAGCAUUGUACCCAGAGUCUGCCCUACAGACAUUGCACCUGGAGCUGUGGGGCGAAAAUAAAAUGUUGGAAGUCUUGGUUUUUUUCACAA